GUCGACGUCGUCGGCUUUGUCAUGGGAGUCCAGUCGAUGCCGACGCUUUUGCGCGCCAUGCAAACGAGGCGACCCCCUCUGUGCGUGGACAAUGCAUGCGACCAGCGCCUGGUGCUGGAUGCUGAGGCCACGACGGCUGGGCUACACCUCCGCAACGUGGCACGAUGCGACAUCGAGUGCGUCGGCCGCCGUGUGGCCCAGAUCACGAUGGAAAACUGCGAAGAUGUGCGGGUUGUGUUUGUGUCGGUCGUGGCCGCCGUAGACGUCAUGCGGUGUUGCCGCGUUCAGCUCACGUACACGGGGACAUGUGGGACCAUUACGAUCGACGGCUCGUCCCAUAUCGCCGUGCACAUUCCUGCGGCGACGGUGCACUCGACGUGGGUGGUCUGCACCCGUGUGUCACAUCUGUCCGUCCUCACCCACAACCACGAACACAACGACAAGGGCGACGUGUCGUCCCCAAGCGCCGUUUGCAGCCACCGACUCGAGUCAACCCCCGACACGUUGGAGCUCGAGUCCGUCGACGAAGGCUCGACAAUCACAUGGCAAGACAGCGCGUUUAUAUGCACGCGCGUCCAACGCCAAACAUUGUUUGCCUUGUAAUAUACUGUAACACUUCUCACAGCACUUAUCACAUGGCAAGACAGCGCGUUUAUAUGCACGCGCGUCCAACGCCAAACAUUGUAUGCCUUGUAAUAUACUGUAACACUUCUCACAGUACUU